CCCCUUUCUCCCCCCAUCCGCCCAAUCAGAGUGAAGCAGUCGGACGCGCAGCGCCUGCAGGACGAAUACCGCCGCCUGCUGGACGGACUGCGACACUGGCGCCGCCGCCCGCGACGCCGACCAAUACCUCGGCAGCCCAGUCUGCCCGACCACGUCCUGCACGAGGCGGUGCCCGGCAGUAUCCGCACGGCGGAGCACUUUGUGUCCUUCCUUCGCCGCCUGCUGUGCUUCGUGGGCUCCCGGCUGCGGGGGCCGCGCGUGGAGCAGCUCAGCCCCCCCGCCUUCCUCAGUGAGCUCCGACAGCGCGUCUGCAUCGACCGCAAACCGCUACGGUUCUGCUCGGAGCGGCUGCGCUCUCUGCUGCACACAUUGGCUCUGACGGAGGCGGCGGAUUUCUCCUCCCUGACGCUGCUCUGCAACUUCGGCACUCUGCUGGGGACCUACAGCAAGGGUGGGGGGGGCAAUCAUUAA